AUGGAAGUCGAAGUUUUAUCUGAAGAAGGUUCAGUGGAAAGUUCCAAGGGCCUCAAAUUGUUCUACAAAUGUUGGAAAUUAAGAGAUACGCAACCUCGGUAGGUAAACUGCCGAGUGUGCUUGUAGAUCGCGUACUGUGCUCCUUCCACGAUCCGCACCCUCAUUCUCUUCCUAAGGGCUGUCGAGUGCAGUUUCUGGUGGUAAGAAAUUAGCAGGCGUUGAACUCGUUGGCUCCAAAGGUCUGUUCUCAAAAUCGCGGUCGCGGCUUUGAUCCUCAGUUUCUAUGAUGCCAUAAAAAAGGAAAUAAACUUUGACAUUUAAGCCUGUUUGUCACAUAUAUAUCUCCUGACAAAUUGAAGCGUGGCAAAAGCUUGUAAAAAAAAAUGAAAAAAAAAAGGUUUAUCCUCUCUUUCUAUGUAGGUAUAUAUAAUGUGCUUAACAUUUAAGUUAUUUAUUCCUCUUUCUUAUUUUCACACUAACAUGUUGGUUUUGAUGUAAUCUAGUGCAUUGAUAUUUGUGAAUCAUGGAGUUGGAGAGCACUGUUCAAGAUAUGAGGAAUUUGCGCAAGUGUUAGCUAAGCAAGGAUUUCUUGUUGUUGCACAUGAUCAUGGUAAAUUUUGUCAGCUUUUUAGUAAAUAUUGAUAUGACUGCCUUGUUUCUGUUUCAUUCCAGGCCGCAACUAUUUCAGUUUCUUUAUUUCCUUUCUUUCCUUCUUUUGUUUUCAUUUGUCUACUUCUCCGUCUCCCUUCACCAGGUUUCUUCUUAUUUUCUCUUCAUAUUUUACUCACCUGUUUUAAUUUUUUUUCUGUUCUUUCCUACUACUACCCUUAAAUGUAAACUUGUAUAUUUCUUUUCCUUUGUCAGAAUACUUCUUGGUUUGUGGUUUGCUAUUCUUUCUUCCAUUGUCUUUUUUUUCCUUACUUUCACUGACUUCAUCUUUCCUCUCAUUCUCCUUCCAUUUCCUCAUCAUCCUUCUGUUUUACUCCAUUCCUGUCAUCCUUCUGUCCCUCUUCUUGUUUCAUCCCUUUCUGCCCAUCAUCACAUUUUCAGUUCCAUUUUCUUACCACCCUAUUUCUUUCUUUCUUUCCAUUUUUAUACUCUUUCCAUUUUCCUACAGUUUUCUUCUCCCCUUUUAAAACUACCAGGUUCAAAAAUGAUAGCCUUGAAGUCCAUAAAAGUUUAUGUAAGUGUUUCACACCUUUGUUUGCCUUUUUAGUGGGUCAUGGCAGAAGUGAAGGUGAACGUGUACAGAUUUCUUCCUUCAGUAUUUAUGUCGCUGAUGUGUUAAAGCACAUUGAUGAGGUGUUACUGAACAAUGCUGGAUUACCCAUCUUUUUGUUUGGUCACUCCAUGGCAAGUGCAUUAUUCGUAGUUGAUUAUUUGUAAAAAUGUUACACCUGUAAAUUAAGUAACAGUUACCUUUUCCCUCUACUUCAGUCUAUAAAAGUGUAAGGAUUGAUUGGUACAUGAUCAGGGCUGGGUUUUGUUAUUUUUUAAAAGCAGUUACGUUUACAGCUGUAAAUGGUCACCCAUAACAUUAUAUUUGCAGUGCCAGUAUGUAUUCCCCAACUUACACUCAGAACAUCAAGCAAGUUCAUGACAUCUGUGAGUGGUAUUACGUAUUUACUGCCGUUUAAUGACAGCUUAGUUUAUCUUAUAUUAUUUUAUAAAACCCUGUUUUCUUUAGGGAGGCACCAUUGCAAUCCUGUGCGCUAUGGAAAGACCACAUUUCUUCGCAGGAACUGUACUAUGUGCUCCUGCAAUUUUAGCAAAUCCAGAAACUGCCACGCCCUGCAUGGUAAGUCUCCCUUAAACUAAUAAAGGUUCUCUGGAAUGUCCCCAAAAGAAAAUCACACCUACACCAGUUACUCACAGAAAAUGAUAAUUUUUUUAGUGGGAUAAUGAAUCAAUGGUAUUUAUUCCUCAAAACUCUUGAUUGACAAUAAGAAACAUGUGAAACAAAGCUGUGGGUUAAUAUACUUACUGAACAUGCACUUUUUGGGACCUCAAAAUUACAAUUUUGAUGGAGGACUCCCCCAAUGGAAGGGAUGUGACCCUGCUCUCAUACCUAGCCUACCACCACGCAUGGCUGCACUGCAUGAAAGAUGUUCUGUUCCUUUUGAUGUGAUCUGUUAUCAUCUGCUUGAAUCUUUCUCCCUUCACCUUUGAUUUUUCUGGAAAAUCCUGUCGGUUUGUACAGAGUGUAUGAUCUGUCAACUGCUCUUAAUGGUCUGUAACAGUGCAGCAGUGCUGGACAUGAUUGGUCAUGAUUAUUUUAAAAAAUUGUGACCUGUGCUAUGGUAGAGCUCUGAACAGGUGCAUCAGUACCCAUUAAGUUUUUCAGCGUGGAGACAAAGAGAAAUGUAAAUGUGGGUGAAGACAAGGUAUUAUUAACUUAUCUUGUAUUUAUCAGAUAUUUUUAGGGAAGAUAGUAUCACAUAUCGCACCCUCAUAUCAAGUAGUUGGAUCUGAGAAUCACUCUGCUCUUAGUCGGGAUCCUGACCAGGUGAGACCAUCAUGUUCGUCAUUCUGUUGGUUAGUUUAAGUGAAAAAAGAAGAAAAUAUGUUCAAAGUUUGUGACUUGAAUUCUUAAGUCUACAUUUGAGUGAUCAUAUUCUAGAAUGAAAGUGCUCAGAACAAUUUUUUCCCCUUUCAUCAUAAAAACAGAGUUACCGUAUGAAUAUUUAAAUAAUAAUAAUAAUAAUGUUAUUGUAUUCAGACUGGACUGUAGAUUAUAGAUUGUAAAAAAUUACAAGGCAAUUUGGAAGAUGAAUCUUGCAUUAAAUGGUUACGACUAGGAACUUUUUUGGGGAACACAUCUCAUUUUGCUCAAACUAAGACCUACUCUACAUGAAGUCACACAAUCCCUGGAGAAAGGAAAAAAUGUGCUGUUUUUCCUUUUUGGGUAAAGGGUGUGGUAACACAUAGGCUAAAAGAGUACACCAUACAUGUAAGUCCAGUGGGAAAUGAAAUAUAUUCAUAACAUGUAUAUCUCUGUCCAGAAGUUCUUAUGUGACUUCCUCUUUGCAUUUUUGUUUUUGAAAGGUUGCAACUUUAAGUAUGGAUCCUUUAGGAUGGAAAGGUGGCUUGAAAGCCAAGUGGGCAAUGUCCAUGCAUGAUGCGAUGGAAAAAGUGAAACACAAUUUACCAAGAAUUGAAUGGCCAUUUUUAGUGUGUCAUGGUGAUGCUGACCAGCUUGCAAUGGUUGAAGGAUCAACGAUGCUGGAACAAAAGGCAGCAAGCAAAGAUAAGACUAUAAAGGUAAUGGUAAAAUGAUUACUAAUUUGUCUUAAAUAAAGUGGUUUUUAUGUAUUCUGAUGACACCGGUAAUAACUGACCCACAGACUCAAAGGAUACAUUCACAUGGAACCAGAGUAAUUUUUGACUGGGCCCUUUGAUCACAGUACUCUGCAAGCAGAGGUUACAUUUUCGCUGUGUGAGCUGUUGUGUGAAAAGUAGCCUCCGCCGACAACCGUUCAAUUUUCAUCCAGACCCUGAGAUAAGUGGGGGGCCCGGUCUCCCCAAAAAAAUUGAUAAGUUGAAGGAGGGGGGGGGCUGGGUCCCUCCCCUGAAUCUGCCACUGCACUAAAAACUAUAAAAAAUAUUAAAUUUUGUGUUUUUAUUACCUCACAGAUUUACCCUGGUUUUUAUCACAAGCUUUUAAAUGAGCCAAAGGAAGAUGCUGCACUUGUCAUAAAUGACAUACUGUUAUGGUUGAGCCAGAGAGUGCCAUGA